CUCUAGCAGUCUAGCUUACUCUCCUCUCCUCUCCUCUCCUCUCCUCGCUUUGUGUGUUUUCAAAAUUUCAGCUCUUGGCUACACUCCAAAAUACAAACAAACAAAACCAAGAAAAAAACUGGUGGAUGCAAUUGAGUUUGGAUAUGGCACCAAUCCUCCAAUGGCAUGCACCCCACGUCAGCAAACCGAACUCUCCUUCUCCAUCAAUACACAAACUCCUUAGCAUACCCAUUCCAAUACGAAAAAACACAAGAGGAAAAACUUCCCCUUCACUUCACCAUACCGUAAAUAUCUCCAAACAUCCUGGCCGGCCUGCCUAGCAACAUGGCGGCAGUGUCAGCAGACUGCCGGUUCUCCCUGACCGCGUCCCACGGCAGCAAUGGGCUGGCCAUGCCGGCGAGGAGGAGUUCUUCUUCGUCGAGGGUUGUUAAGUUUGGGAAUGGAGAGUUCAUGGGAAGCAAGCUCAAAACCACACCAUCACUGGUUUCUUCUCACAGAAGGAGUUGCUGUAACAAAGUUGCUAAGCAACCUGCAAUCAUGUCGGUCGCGGCUGAUUUAUUUGGGUCUAAGUUGAGGGAUGUUGAGAUGGAGAGAAGGGACCCAAGGACGGUUGUUGCAGUUAUUCUAGGAGGAGGAGCUGGUACUCGCCUCUUCCCUCUCACUAAACGCCGUGCCAAGCCAGCUGUCCCGAUCGGAGGUGCAUAUCGGCUAAUCGAUGUGCCAAUGAGCAACUGCAUCAACAGCGGGAUCAACAAGGUCUACAUUCUCACUCAGUACAACUCUGCUUCGCUAAACAGGCAUCUUGCUCGAGCUUACAACUUUGGCAGUGGAACCAACUUUGGAGACGGCUAUGUGGAGGCGCUGGCUGCAACUCAAACACCAGGGGAGACUGGAAAUAAGUGGUUUCAAGGGACUGCAGAUGCGGUUCGACAAUUCCAUUGGUUGUUCGAGGAUGCAAGGAGUAAGGAGAUUGAGGAUGUGCUGAUACUGUCAGGAGAUCAUCUCUAUCGUAUGGACUACAUGGACUUUGUUCAGAACCAUAGGCAGAGUGGAGCAGACAUCACUAUUUCUUCUCUGCCGAUAGAUGACAAACGUGCAUCAGACUUUGGUCUAAUGAAGAUAGACAACAAGGGAAGGGUCCUCUCCUUUAGUGAAAAGCCUAGAGGAAAAGAGCUCAAGGCAAUGGCAGUUGAUACUACAGUGCUAGGGCUCUCCAAAGAUGAAGCUGUGCAGAAACCAUACAUUGCCUCCAUGGGAGUUUACCUCUUCAAGAAAGAGAUACUGCUCAAUCUUCUCAGAUGGCGAUUCCCAACAGCUAAUGACUUUGGAUCCGAAAUAAUCCCAGCUUCAGCGAGCGAGUACCAUGUAAAGGCUUACUUGUUCAAUGAUUACUGGGAAGACAUUGGAACUGUUCGGUCAUUCUUCGAGGCAAAUCUCGCUCUUACAGAGCAUCCACCGAGGUUUAGUUUCUAUGAUGCUGCGAAGCCAAUUUACACAUCAAGGAGAAACCUGCCACCUAGCAACAUUCACAAAAGCAAGAUCGUCGAUUCAAUCAUCUCACACGGAAGCUUCUUGACAGACUGCUACAUUGAACACAGUGUUGUUGGCAUUCGAUCUAAAAUCAACUCUAAUGUCCAACUAAAGGACACAGUUAUGUUAGGAGCUGACUUCUAUGAAACUGAAGAUGAAGUAGCUUCAUUGGUGGCAGAAGGAAGAGUCCCUAUUGGGAUAGGAGAAAACACAAAAAUCAGAGAAUGCAUUAUUGACAAAAAUGCCCGAAUUGGGAAGAAUGUUAUCAUUGCUAACUCAGAGGGAAUACAAGAGGCUGACAGAACUUCUGAAGGCUUCUACAUUCGAUCUGGGGUUACAGUUAUUUUUAAAAACGCAGUCAUUGAAGAUGGACUUGUAAUAUAAAUAAAUUCCUUCACCCUUACAAUUCUUUGUUUUUGUUUGAAAUGUAAGCUAGCAGAAGAUACUGAUAAGGCCCAAGUUCCGAACAGUAAUACAACAUGUUAAGUUCUUUCUGAUCUACUAAACCGAUAGAAGAUCAAAUCUUUUUCUCCACAAGAAAAAGACGAAUUAGAG